GAGCGGAAGUCUCCUCCCCUAAAAUGCGCACAAUAGGUAUAAAUUAAUAUCCAAAUCCAGCCCUUACUUCAUUGUCCAGAAAAUUGGAGAAAGCGGUCUCUGGUUCUCCUCUUCUUGAUGGCACGAAAAGAGAGAGAAGAGAAUGAUUCCUCGGAGGAACCAGAGUUCGAGGCGGAGGAAAUUGAAGAUAGGCUCCAGUCACGCAGGGGUAAUUGUAGGUUUCAUUUGCUGAGGAAGGAGCUUGGACUAGAUGCGACUCGGCGAAGCUGCGUUCGAGAUAGCUUCAGUACCUUCGUUAUUCUACCCGAUGACAGGUUAUACGAACUCUGGGUGCAUUUCAUAUUGAUAUGGGCCAUCUAUUCGUCAUUCUUCACCCCUUUCGAGUUCGGAUUCUUCAAUAAUGGAUUGCCCAGAAACCUAUUUUUCCUCGACAUUACGGGACAGUUAGCUUUCCUUGUCGACAUCGUCCUCCGGUUCUUCGUUGCUUACAGAGAUGAUCAGACCUACCAGAUGGUCUACAAGCGCACUACCAUUGCUAUUCGGUACUUGAGGUCACAAUUUGUGAUCGAUUUUCUGGCUUGUCUACCUUGGGAUGUCAUUUACCAUGCCUGUGGACGGAAAGAAAUCAUCAGGUAUCUUCUAUGGAUUAGGUUGAGUCGAGCACAAAAAGUAAUAGAUUUUUUCCGGAAGAUGGAGAAGGACAUACGGGUUAAUUACUUGCUUACCCGAAUUGUGAAACUUAUUUUUGUUGAGCUCUAUUGCACUCAUACUGCUGCCUGUAUCUUUUACUAUCUUGCUACCACCCUGCCUGAAUCUCAUGAGGGGUAUACAUGGAUAGGGAGUUUAAAGAUGGGUGACUUUAGCUACUCAAGUUUCAGAGAACUUGAUCUUUCAACACGAUACUGGACAUCACUUUAUUUUGCCAUCAUAACCAUGGCAACUGUUGGUUAUGGAGAUAUACAUGCAGUCAAUGUCAGAGAAAUGAUAUUCAUCAUGAUCUUUGUCUCAUUUGACAUGGUCCUCAGUGCAUAUCUUAUUGGUAACAUGACAGCUCUAAUUGUAAAGGGAUCAAAGACUGAAAGGUUUAGGGACAAAAUGGCAGAUCUGAUGAAAUAUAUGAAUAGAAACAGACUUGGAAAGGACAUCCGGAACCAGAUCAAAGGCCACUUGAGGUUACAAUAUGAGAGCAGUUAUACUGAUGCUGCUGUUCUUAAAGAUAUUCCUGUAUCAAUUCGUUCCAAGAUUUCACAAAGAAUAUAUAAACCAUUCAUUGAACAUGUUUCUCUCUUUAAAGGAUGUUCUCCAGAAUUCAUCAAUCAGAUUGUAACCAAGCUUCAUGAGGAGUUCUUUCUUCCAGGAGAAGUCAUUUUGGAUCAAGGAAAUGUAGUAGAUCAACUUUAUUUUGUCUGCCAUGGUGUGCUGGAGGAGGUAGGCAUAGGGGAAAAUGGAACAGAAGACACCAUUUCGAUUCUAAAACCUAAUAGCACAUUUGGGGAGGUUUCGAUUCUUUGCAACAUUCCUCAGCCUUACAUAGUUAGAGUGUGUGAACUCUGUAGGCUCCUGCGACUUGAUAAACAAUCAUUCAUGAAUAUUCUACAGAUAUACUUUUUUGAUGGGCGGACAAUUUUGAACAACCUUGUUGAGGGAAAAGAAUCCAAUCUUCGGAUGAAGCAAAUUAAAUCUGACAUAACAUUUCACAUUGGAAGGCAAGAAGCUGAGCUUGCUUUGAGGGUGAAUAAUGCUGUUUAUCAUGGAGACUUGUACCAGCUGAGGAGUUUAAUCCAUGCAGGAGCAAAUCCCAAUAAGACAGAUUAUGAUGGAAGGUCACCUUUGGGGUCAAGUAACCUGUUUAGACACCCUUGAAAACUCUUGCUCUUCUCCUUCGGACUGGUUUGGUGACAUGGCAUCAGAGCAGGUCGUGCCUACCAGUUGUGGACAUGUUUUGUUUCCUGGAUAUUAGAGGAUUGUUUGGCUUUUAUUGAACUCAGUUUGGACUUUGGAGAUUGUUUGAGGACUAUUCUGAUCAGCCGAAGGUGAUAAGUUUUCUCUGGAAAAGAUGCCCAGCCCAAUAGGUCAGUGUUUAUUUGAUUUCUUCAAAUUGGCUGGUUCAAUCAGCCCAAGACUCUAUAGUUAGUGUCACCCUAGACUUCUCUCAUUGUGGGUUUUAUCUGAUUUGAAGUCUGAGUUGUUUUUGCUAGGGUUUUGAUCCCAUCUGGUGUGUAACAGUCAUGAAACAUUCCUUUUUUGGACUGUUUUCGACUUAAACUCUCCUUAGUAGGAUUUCUGCAGUGUAAUCACAAUUUGUUUUGUGAGAUAUUUCUUCAGCAAUUGUUUUGAACUAUAUCUGAGUUUAUUUGGGUGAUUAAUCACUAGGUUUUCUAUUUAGCAUCGAUUUCAGUACUGUGAAACUUGUUUUGAACUGUGGUUGUAAUCUGGAAUGGCUGAGAAGGCUGAUAUUAUUCCCGUAAAGUUUGAUAGAACUAACUGCAACAUGUGGAAGUUCCAUUUCGAUUUCUUUGUUGAGGAAAAAGGUUUGGGGGGAUAUUUGAAUCGUAAGGUCACUAUGCCAGGUGAGGCAGAUGUGGAGGCCUAUUCACAGUGGAAGCUUGAUAAUGGGAAAAUUGUCUCUUGGAUACUCAGUUUGGUAGUAUCUCAUAUUGCAGUAUCCAUGAGAAGAAUGCAUACUGUCUAUGAGAUGUAUGCAUACUUGGAGUAAGUGUAUUAUCAAUCCAAUAUGCCAAGACAAUAUCAGAUUGAGUCUGAGAUUUUUGCUUAUUGUCAAGGAGGUAGGAAGAUUCAAGAAUAUUAUGCUGGUUUCCUUGACUUGUGGGGGAAUAUGAACUUGUCCACAUAGAAUCCUUAGACUCCGCAGAAAAUGUCAAGUAUCUUCAAAAGCAAUUUUAGAAAAGGAAGGUGAAUCACUUUCUUAUGAGAUUGAGACCUGAAUAUGAAAUAAUCAGAUCUAACAAAUUGAGUAGAGGAACUCUUCUAGAUUUAGAUUCAGUGAUGGGUGAACUUUUGAGGGAAGAGACUCAGCUACUUACUACUGCAAGGGAGUAAGAAAUCUGGUGUUAAAGACCUUUCAAAAACUCAUUGUUACGAAUGUAAAGUAUUUGGACACAUUGCUUCUCAUUGCAAGAAGAGGAAUGUUUGCACAAUCUGGUGUUAAAGACCUUUCAAAAACUCAUUGUUACGAAUGUAAAGUAUUUGGACACAUUGCUUCUCAUUGCAAGAAGAGGAAUGUUUGCACCUAUUGCAAACAACAUGGUCACAUAAUUCCGAACUGCCCGGUUAGGCCAUCUAAGGGUAUUUAGAAAAAGAACCAGCCACGUGCAUAUCAAGUACCUGAGGGGCAAACCACUGACAUCUCUUUUACUAAGGGUGAACCGUCUACAUCCAUGGAUGAGGAAAAAAUUCGAUAACUGGUAUCCUCUGUUAUUUCCUUUGCCUUUUCUGCUAUCGGCUUGUCUGGUGAGUUUCUGGUUAUUGUUCUUCUCAGUUUCAUAUUUGGAUCAUUUUUGCAGGAACAACUAAUCCUAUGAGUGCCUACCUUAAACCCCCAAAUAACACUUCUAUGACCAACCAUAGACAUCAUUAUGGCUAAUGGUGAAAAAUUGAAUAUCAUUGGUUGUAAUGACCUGUCCCUUAAGUUUUCACCUAAUGCCUCCUUUCCCCUUUCCAAAACCUUUUUUGUUCCUAAUCUUACUGCUAAUCUGAUUUCUGUUGGACAACUUGUUGAUGAAGGCCAUACACUUACAUACAUACCGGUCAUUCUCGCAGUCAUGGCCAGAUGUAAGUGACUGAAUUCUUCUUAUUUUUUAUUCUAAAUACUUUCUGUAUGCUUGGAGACGGGUUCGAAGUUGCUUAUCAGAUCUCACUACUGAAUGUGUAAUAGAUGAAGAGGUGAUUAUCUGACUUACCACUUUCCUCUCCUUUACUUCUCAAAGGAAAAUAGGAUAUGCUUUGGUUGUCCCACCUGAAGUACAUUCAGUUUAGUAUUUCUAUUGUUCCUUUUUUGAUGAGGGUCCCAGCUAACCAAGUUGGUACAAUCUGGGAAUUGAACCCCAUGUCUCAGAACAAACCACAGAAACAUAUAUAUAUAUAGGCAAACACACACACAUUCUAAUUGAAUCUAUGGAGAUAUACUAGGAG